AACCACAGGAAGUAGCUGCAGCGUCUCUCUACUAAAGCACUAGUUUAGAAACUCAGACAGUUCUGAGCACGAGAACAAGAGACAGAAGAAGGAGAGACUCAGAGAAUCAUGAUGGUUGAGUUCAAAUGGAUUUCUUUAUUUCUUACAGCGGUGCUUCAGUUUACAGCAGCAGCUGGAAAACUUCUCCUCUUCCUCAUUGUCAGACUUGGAGAUGACGUCACUUUGCCUUGUGAAAAUGUGAUAGACAGUCAGCAACAAUGUGAAAAAACUACAUGGCUCUUCAGUGACUCAGGAAACAUAGAAGUAUUUCUGGUUGACCUUGGGCAGAUAAAAAACAGCAAAGCUAAAUCAGACAGACUGAGUGUUACAGAGAACUGUUCUCUGGUUAUAAAGAAGGUCACAGUCAAAGAUGUUGAUCGUUAUGACUGCAGACAGUUCAAAUCAGGACAACAACAAACUCCAGACUCUCAUGUUUAUCUGUCUGUUAUUAACAUGACUGAACAUCAGGACGGUGAUAAGGUGAUGAUAAACUGCUCUGUGUUGACGCAUAAACAGUUCUGUAGACACACAGUGAAGUGGCUGUAUGAGGGUAAAGAUGUGGACAAAGAUAACAAAGACAUGAAGACAUGGCAGGCUGACUGCUACACCACUGUGUCUUUCCCAGAUUCUCAUUUUAUUAACAAAUCAAAGUCUAACUUGACGUGUGAAGUGACAGAUCGUAACUCUGGAAAAGUGCAGCUGUUCACCUUCAGCCCUCAGUCUUCGGGUGAGAAAACAGGUUAGAAUAUGCUGAGCUGUUCAAGAUGACUAAAACCACCAAAACAUUUGUUUAUUUGAUGACUUUUUAAGAUGACAUCAUUCUUUCUCAUU